CUCAUUGGCGACAAUUUCGAUGCGUUAUUGCAUAUGUGGCCGAAGCAUGGCGCCGAGCGAAAGCAGGUUGAAGAGGUGAUGAAGCAGGGUUUGGCGAGAUAUAGGAGGAAGGCAGUUGCUGGAGUAGGAUUUUGGGCGGCGAAAGUGAGACGUUCCUAA